AUGGAAGAGCGAGUGCAAGAAGACAAUAUGGAGGACAUGAUACGGGGUGUUGGCGUAGAAGCAUUUGCACAAGCGCAUGUCUAUGACACGAUGUCUGCUGAUGCGGAAACUCCAUUGGUUGAGUCUACUCAUUGGAGUCUGAAGAAUGUCUUGGGUAGUAGUAUGGGAGACUUGUGUUCGUGUUGGGAUGCAAUUCAUAACGUCAUCAUCUUGCAACAUAACCAAAUAAGGGUGUCAUUUGAACAGAGUCUUAAUCUAAUGAGCGACGCUUUUAAGGCAUACAGGUAUAAAGGAUUGGUUGGAUAUGUAUCGAGAUAUGCUUUAGAACUCAUUGCAGCAGAGGUGGACCGAGUUAAGCAUAUAGGAUUUGAUAGUCAUCUUUGUGGAUGCGUCCUAAGACAAACUUUUGGUCUUCCAUGUGCCUGUGAAUUAGCACGUUAUGACCCUGGCGUGAUUCCUCUGCCUGAAGUUCAUAUCCUAUGGACAACAUUAACCUUCUCAAAUAUUUCAUCUAUGCCAGCGCAAGGACAAUUAUGCAUUGAAAGGGAACUGUAUCUAGUGCUUAAUAAAUUCAAAGAAGUUGACAUUGCAGGAAAAGUCUUUAUCAAACAAAAGUUACUUGAUAUUGUAUGUCCUUCUAAGACAUCAAUGAUACCUCCAAGCAAUAAAGUUAAAACGAAGGUCGAUGUUGUUGUAGAUUCACACUGCGGGUUUAGAUGCAUUGCUGCAUUGUUGGGGAUGGGUGAAGAGUCAUGGCCACUUAUCCGAAAUGAUUUGUUUAAAGAACUUAGUCAAUGGCGUGACAAAUAUGCAACAUUAGUGGGGAGUUAUGACCAACUUGAACAACUAAGAAACUCUUUGCUAGUUUAUUCACAAUCAGGGGUUCAACUAGAAGAAGGUUGUCUUAUACCCAUGAUGGAUAUCAUAUCAUCCCGUCAGUGUUACCCUAAGGCAAGGGCCUGGUCAUCUUUUUAUGGGCGUCAAUACUAG